GGAGAAAUCGAGAAAGGGGCGGGAACGGAUAAGAUAGCAAAACCAAACACCUUCCAUUCUUCCAUUUGCCCCCCUUCGCUGCCCUCUCUCAUGGCCACCGCCGCCUUCCUUCCCCCCACCACAUCCCCAAUCCUUCGCCCUCGCCUCCCCACCGCUCGCCACCGUGCCUCACCCAUCUGCGCCGCCGCCUCCGACGCGCCGCCGCCAGAUGCCGGGUCGGACGAGGGGGAGGCCCCUUCUCGCAGCGGCCGGAAGGACCGGCGCCGCGUGGUGCGGAUCGCGUGGGAGAAGCUCGUCCGGUGGUCUCGCUCCUGGCGCAGCCGCAACCGCAGCGACGUCCUCGAGACCACGCGCAAGGUCGUGGUCCUUGGAGGGGGCUCGUUCGGAACGGCGAUGGCGGCGCAGGUGGCAGCCAAGAAGCCCGGCCUUGAGGUGGCCAUGCUGCUCCGGGAUGACCUCGUCUGCCGCUCCAUCAACGACCGCCAUGUCAACUCGUGGCAAAUACUUGUCAGAAUACAGCUUGCCAGAAAAUAUUGUUGCAACAACUAGUGCUAGUGAAGCUUUAGCAGGAGCUGAUUUCUGCUUCCAUGCUGUCCCUGUUCAGUUCAGUUCAUCCUUUCUUGGCAGUAUUUCAACAUAUGUUGAUCCAAAGUUGCCAUUCAUAUCACUUAGCAAAGGGCUGGAACUUAACACCCUUCGGACAAUGUCGCAAAUCAUUCCUCUCGCACUGGGAAAUCCUCGCCAACCAUUUAUUGUUCUGUCAGGACCUUCUUUUGCAGUGGAACUGAUGGAGAAAUUACCAACAGCUAUGGUGGUGGCAUCCAAAGACAAAAAGUUGGCAAGUGCUGUUCAGCAGCUCUUAGCGUCAUCAAAUUUGAGGAUAAGCACAUCAAGUGACGUUACAGGGGUAGAAAUUGCAGGCGCACUUAAGAAUGUUCUUGCAAUAGCAGCAGGUAUUGUAGAAGGGAUGGAUCUUGGAAAUAAUUGUAUGGCUGCCCUUGUUGCUCAAGGCUGUUCUGAAAUUCGGUGGUUGGCGACAAAGAUGGGAGCAAAGCCAAUAACCCUUUCUGGUUUAUCUGGCUCGGGUGAUAUCAUGCUUACAUGUUUUGUCAAUCUUUCACGGAAUAGAAACGUGGGAUUGCGUCUUGGUUCAGGCGAGAAACUUGAUGAGAUCUUGAAUUCAAUGAAUCAGGUUGCUGAAGGUGUGUCAACUGCUGGCGCUGUCAUCGCAUUAGCUCAGAAGUAUAACGUCAAACUGCCAGUCUUGACAGCAGUAGCACGUAUAAUUGAUAAUGAAUUAACUCCAAAGAGGGCUGUUAUGGAGUUAAUGAAUCUUCCACAGGUGGAGGAAGUCUAACAGGAACCAAUCCAAAAGAAUGGAACCACUGGACCUAUUCUGCCAUACUUAAAAUAGCUGUAUGUUCCAUAUGUUUUUCUCACACCUCUGAUCAACUAUAUUUUCUCUCAUCAAUGCGUCGAAUCAUAAUGAUUGCUUUCAGAUAUAUCACCGAUUUUGCACUCCUAUGGAAAGUCUAUGCUUUCAUGCACAUUCGUGCGCACAAAUGCUGAGGAUAUACAUUAUAGGGACCCGAAAUUGAAUGGGAACAAUGCUCCAUGUUUGGUUACCCAAAACAAGAUCAAGGUUGUAGGUUUCAUCACUUUUAGAAAGAGGUGGUCAAGGAAUAGAUAUUAGUUCUUAUUUUCUUCUGUAUGAAAUGACUUGGUUCAUAUUCAUGACAUGACUUGAGUUUAUUUUUGGAUGAAAAGUCCAUUUUUUA